CUCUGUCUGAACUGAAUGCUCGGCCGCGCGCUCUCGCCCCCCACCCGACUCCGUUCUCGCUCGCUCUCAGCUUUGCCUCUCUAAGUUUCUUCUCCAGCUGCCAUCACUCGUCAACACUCAACUCGUCGCCGGCGGAUCUGGAAGACUGGAACUCACUGUGGCUGUCUCCCUCCAAUUUCGUCCCCCCCCCCCCCCCCCCCAAAUUUUCUCAAUCCCACCUAUUCGGUUACGAGGAGAAGAGAAAUGACCAAAUCGCGGAAAGAAAAAAUAAGGGCCGAAAGUACGGUGGCCAGAACCUCGUCGCCGACGGAAAUUCCGGUGAGGGUUGCAGGGUAGUAAGCGACGACGUUUGGCUUCCCUCAGGAGGUGCCGGUGGCGUUGGAGGAUCCAAUCGCGAGGUUAUUUAUGUAAUUGGACAAUAAAAGUUAUCUCCAGCAAAGGACUUAAGGACUUCAAGCCUAUUUGAGGGGGAAGAAAAACCUAAAGGCGCGAGUCUACAAUCAUAAUAUCUGGAAGAGUAGUGGUGAUUGAAGACGUUGCUUGAGUUGAGCCAGCGACAAUGUCAUCGACUCUGCUGGAGGUGACUCGUGCGGCCCACGAGGAGGUGGAGCGGCUUGAGCGUCUGAUAGUGAAGGACCUUCAAAAUGAGCCCGCGUCGAACAAGGACCGCUUGUUUCAGAGUCACCGGGUGCGAACUAUGAUUGAUACUAUCACUUCUACCACCGAAAAGCUCAUUGAUAUAUACGAAGAUAAAGACAGUGCAAGGAAGGAUGAAAUUGCUGCGCUGGGGGGUCAAACUGCAACGGGGACAAACGUGUUUAGUGCCUUUUAUGAUAGACUGAAAGAGAUACGAGAGUAUCAUAGAAAGCACCCAGCUGCACGUGUUGUUGAUGCUAAUGAUGACUAUGAAGAACUUCUUAAAGAGGAGCCUCAAAUUGAGUUUAGUGGAGAGGAAGCUCUUGGGCGGUAUUUAGACAUGCAUGAAUUGUACUAUAGGUAUAUCAAUUCCAAAUUUGGUGAGCCAAUUGAGUACUCUGCUUACCUUGAUGUUUUUUCACUACCAGAGAAGAUACCACGCAAAAUGAAAAUGACUCGGCAGUACAGGGAAUAUCUGGAGAAUCUUUUGGAGUAUCUCAUAUAUUUUUUCCAGCGGACAGAACCCUUGCAAGAUCUGGAUCGAAUUUUCUCUAAGGUGACAGCUGAGUUUGAAGAAAACUGGGUUGCAAACAAGGUACCAGGAUGGGAGAAUGACAGUCAAGAGAAUGGACAUGUACCUGCUCAACACACUGCCAUUGAUCUUGAUUACUACAGUACAGUUGAAGAGCUGAUGGAAUUGGGUCCUGAAAAGUUAAAAGAGGCAUUGGCUGCAUUGGGACUUAAGACUGGGGGUACUGUUCAGCAACGGGCAGAGAGGCUGUUCCUUACAAAGCAUACACCUCUUGAAAUGUUGGACCGGAAGCAUUUUGCCAAGGGACCACGAGGUUCAGAAAAAAAUGGCACUGCUGCAGUUCCACAACAAGAUGAAAAUUCAAAAGAAAUUGCACUGAUGGAGGCCAAAAUGUCAAAGUUAUGUGAUCUUUUACAAGAGACAAUUGCUCGAACAAAAGAUAAUGUUGUGAAGAAGCAGGCCUUGACAUAUGAAGAAAUUGAAGCAGAACGUGAGGAGGAAGAAACACAGGAGGAAUCUGAAAGUGAAGAUGAGGAGCAGCAGAUAUAUAAUCCCCUAAAAUUGCCCAUGGGAUGGGAUGGGAAACCUAUACCUUAUUGGCUUUAUAAGCUACAUGGUCUGGGCCAGGAAUUCAAGUGUGAGAUAUGUGGGAACUAUAGUUACUGGGGGCGUAGAGCUUUUGAACGACAUUUUAAAGAAUGGCGCCAUCAGCAUGGGAUGCGCUGCCUUGGUAUACCAAAUACCAAGAACUUCAAUGAAAUAACAUCGAUUGAGGAAGCAAAGGAACUUUGGAAAAGAAUACAAGAAAGGCAAGGAGUGAACAAGUGGCGCCCGGAUCUGGAAGAAGAAUAUGAAGAUAAAGAAGGCAAUAUCUACAAUAAGAAGACGUAUACUGAUUUACAGCGCCAGGGUCUUAUAUAAGAGAAAGCUGCACCUAGCUUGACUUUAAAAGGGGAAGUACGGUUCGUCCAAAAAAAGGGGGGGAAAUAGGCAAACUAUUGUAAUUGAACCAUAUUUGACUGUGAGGUAGAAGAUAUGGACACGAGAGCAAUAUUUUGGGUUUAGUUGUACUUUUAGCGCGUCAUUAAUGAUCCAAUGGAUGAGGGAAGGAAAGAAAAAAGCGUUGUCAUUCAGGUUAAGUGGCAUCAAUGUUGAUUUCUGCAUCACAAUUUCUUAACUGUGUCAGGUGUUUGUAGCAGCCUGUCUAUUACCUGUUCAAAUUUCAGCUCAUUAAUUAAAGAAACAAUGUGCGAUGUGGCAGGGGAA